GUCCCACACCUCCCGGACCCCACCUUCCCGAGGCCCCCACCCCAGCCUCGGCCCCGCCCCGGGGCUCCCUGGCUCAGCGCGCGGCGCUGGCUCCAAAGUGCGUCACGGGCGCUCCUCCGGCGGCCAGGGCGAGGCUGGCACGGGGCCAGCGCGGGCCUGGCCGGGGGUGCCGGGCGGUCUCGGGGGGGAGGGGACCCGGGGUGUGCAAGGCACUCCAGUCGUGCGCUGUUGGGGGCGCCCUCCGCGGCGGGCAGCGCGCCAGGGCCCCGGCCUCCGGCAGCCUCGGGGGCGCGGAGGGGCUACACUUUCCCUUCGCCCCCCGCCCUCGUUUCCUCCUGCGCGGCCCGCAGCAGAGAUUUCCUCUCGGGGAAACUACGCGGAUCCUUCCCGGGGCUCCUCGCCCCGCCCCAGGUCUCCGCCCCCCUCUUCGCUGGGGAGCCGGUGCUCGCCCGCGGCGGGGAGGAGGCGCUGGCAGCCUGGGCCGGGAGGUGGCAGGGGGCCGCGGAGACGUCGGCUACCGACUCGUCCUGCCAUGUGACGCCGCCCUCCGUCCCGGAUCCCCCGUGCGCCCCGGGCCCGCGCCCGCGCUCCGUCGCGCGGCACAUCAUGCUGCUUCCCGGCCAUGCGCGCCCACCGUCCGCCCCGCAACCCGCGCAGCAUCCCGGCCUCCGCAGGCAGGUAGAGCCUCCCGGGCAGCUCCUGCGUCUCUUCUACUGCACCGUCCUUGUUUGCUCCAGAGAGAUCGCGGCGCUCACGGACUUCUCCGGUUACCUAACCAAACUCCUGCAAAACCACACCGCCUAUGCCUGUGAUGGGGACCAUUUGAAUCUGCAGUGUCCUCGGCAUUCCACGAUAAGUGUCCAGUCGGCAUUUUAUGGGCAAGAUUACCAAAAGUGUAGUCCGCAGCAGCCUGCCUCCCAGAGGGAAGACAGCCUAACCUGUGUGGUGCCCACCACACUGCAGAAGGUGCUGGACGAGUGUCAGAACCAGCGGGCCUGCCACCUCCUGGUCAAUAGCCGUGUUUUUGGACCUGACCUUUGUCCAGGAAGCAGUAAAUACCUCCUGGUCUCCUUUAAAUGCCAACCUAAUGAGUUAAAAAACAAAACCGUGUGUGAAGACCACGAGCUGAAACUGCACUGCCACGAGUCCAAGUUUCUCAACAUCUACUCUGCGACCUACGGCAGGAGGACCCAGGAGAGGCACGUCUGCUCCUCGGAAGCCGAGCGGCUCCCCCACUUUGAUUGUCUGUCUUACUCGGCUCUGCACGUGUUAUCCAGGAGAUGUUACGGGAAGCAGAGGUGCAAAGUCCUCGUCAACAACCACCAUUUCGGAAGCCCCUGUCUGCCAGGAGUGAAAAAAUACCUCUCGGUCUUUUACGCAUGUGUUCCCAAGAAUAUACUCACCGCAAUUGACCCAUCAGUUGCUAAUCUAAAACCUUCUGUGAAGCAGAAAGAUGGCGACUAUGGUGUAGACCUUGACCCAAGGGAACCAAGGGUUCUGAGGAAAGAUGGUGUGAUUGUCAGCCACUCGUUGGCAGCAUUUGCUUACAUUAGAGAUUUUGUGUAUUCUGACUCAGGCUUUCAAUGCGAUGCAAGGAAGGAGACGGCCUCCCUGGUGGCUAGCAUGGUGAAGCGUCGGCCUGCAGUGCGGGAGACCUGGGAUCGAGCCCUGGAUGGGGAAGAUCCCCUGGAGAAGGAAAUGGCAACCCACUCUGGUACUCUUGCCUGGAAAAUCCCAUGGGCGGAGGAGCCUGGUGGGCUACCGUCCAUGGAGUGGCAAAGAGCCGGACACGACUGAGAACUUCACUUUCACACAGAAGGAGACACUGAAGGGGAGGCUGAGUGUACGAGGGAUUUUGCGACUGUUCCGCAGGCUCUCGAGAGCCUAAUGGAAGGAUGUCGGGUCAGCAUGAGAGACGGCUACAUACUCUGUGGCUCCUUGGGACCAUCAAAAAUGGGAACAAAGGACACGAUGGGACCACCCAGGAUGGUCCCCAAGCAGAUUACGGGGCCCUGGACACUCUACAUUCUAGUGAAGUUCCUCAUUCGACAGCUGCCUUUUUUUUUGUUUUAAUUGGAGGAUAAUUACCUUACAAUAUUGUGUUGGUUUCUGCCAUACAGCAACAUGAGUCAGCCACAGGUAUACAUAUGUCCCCUCCCCUUUGAGCCUCCCUCCCACCCCCCACCCCAUCCCAGCCCUCUAGGUUGUCACAGAGCCCUGGGUUUGAGCUCUCCACGUCAUACAGCAAAUUCCCACCGGCUGUCUACUUUACACAUGGUAAUCUAUACGCUUCCAUGAGACCCUUCUGAACUGUCCCUCCCUCUGCUGCCCCCGCUGUGGCCACAGUCUGUCUACAUCUGCAUCUCCACCGCUGCCCUGUAAACAGGAGCCUCUGUAGCAUCUUUCUAGAGUCCACAUAUAUACAUCGAUAUGCCAUAUUUGUUUUUCUCUUUAUGACUUACUUCACUCUGUAUAAUAGGCUCGAGGUUCAUCCUCCCCAUUCAGUUCAAGUUGUGUCCAACUCUUUGCAUUCCCAUGAACCACAGCACACCAGGCCUCCCUGUCUACCACCAACCCCCGGAGUUCACUCAAACUCAUGUU